AUGACGAAGAAACGUUCAUCGAAUGGUUUCAUGUAUUUUGCUGAUGCUCGUAGAUCUUUCUACGAAGAGGAAAACAAAGGAGUGCAUUUAACAUUAAAGAAGUUGGUAGAACGUGCGACACGUGACUGGAAGAUAAUGAGUGAGGAAGAGCGUUUGAAAUGGCGCGGCGAAAGUCGCCGACGCCGGGAUGAAUACCAACAAAAAGUCUACCAGAUGCAGUCAGUUUCCAUAAUGAAUAAGUCUAAAACACGGCCUCUAUCAAAAUUGGAACUUUCACUACAGCCCAAGCCAUUUUCUUACAAGCUCACGGAAUCAAAACGCAAAUCACAGCGGCAAAGUAUUUAUCAAAAACUAGUUUGGAGGGAGAAGGAAAACAUGACGGAAGUACUCGCAAAGAAGAAAUUUGGACUACUGACUGUUCGCCCAUACUGCUUAUUUGAAUCAGAUAGUAGCAAUGAUGAAGUAAACUGCUUACCGGCAGAAAUUUGCAUAUAUGUAAUGAAUCUUAGUGAUGGGAUCGUUGAAAGCGAACGAAUUUUAAUUCAUCAUGAUUGUCCUAACAAUCAUUCACUUUGCCAAAUUUUCCAAAUUUCAGAAGUAUCAGAAAAACCAAACCACGUGAAUUUGCAUCAUGCUUGUCUCCGUAUAGCUAGCAAAAUGAAAGGCUGCUUAUCAAAUUUGAUUUUGGUGCCAGCUUCACAAUAUCAAAAUAUGGCUGCUAGCUUGACGUGGAUCAAACAAAAACGUGACAUGGCUCUGAAAAGAGACACAACGUCGAUCCGUAAAGAGCGACUGAUGUGUAUGGAAGACAUGAUAGCUGUCAUCGGACGUAUCUUCGAAAUAGAUGUUGACGACAGUUCGCGUUGGGAACAAAGUAUUUCGUCUAAUUUAAGUUUUGCUUGUGACCAACAUUGUACUGCACCUAACAAAUGCGCAGUAGUUAUUGGAAAGUCAGCUUGUGAGCAUUUCCUGAACACACUUCGAACUUUAACGGAUCGUAAUUAUCGAAUAUAUGACGAAGGCUUCACUAGAAAUGAUGAUAAUACAAAGCAUCACAUACGUCAAAUCACACGUACUAAUCGCAUGAAUCCAUUUCAAAUGCCACUUUGCCAUGAACCGAUGAAUGUUGCAACCGAGGAAUGCAGUAAGAACAGCGACUCUUUUAGUGCGAUUCGAACUUGCACACGUACGUUUACUUCGUCAAUAAACUGAUU